UAAUCAAACAAUUAUUAAGGGAAGAAAAUGGCAAUUACUCUGAAAUUCCUCUCUCUCUCUCUCUCUCUCUCAAAACUUGUCUCCCUCAAAUUUCCUGCUGCAAAUAAAGGCACACACCAACCGCCAGUCUCCUCCCACACGCAUUACACACACACACACAGAGACAGAGAGAGGGGAAAUGGGAAGGGUGUUACUGAGUUUAUUGGGGUGGUGGACAGUAGUAGUAGCAGUAGUGUGUGAAGGGAAGGGGGAGGGGAGUGGGAGGAGGAACGCGUACGCUACGAUGAUGUACAUGGGAACUCCAAGGGACUACGACUUCUACGUUGCGACACGUGUCAUGUUGAGAUCCCUCCAGCAGCUUAAGGUUGAUGCUGAUCUCCUCGUCAUUGCCUCCAUGGAUGUCCCCCUCCAUUGGAUUCAACCUCUAGAAGGAGAAGACGGGGCUAAGGUGAUGCGAGUCGACAACAUAAACAAUCCGUACAGCACUCAAUCCAAUUUCGAUUGGAGAUUUAAGCUAACGCUCAACAAACUUUACGCUUGGAAGCUAGUGAACUACGAGCGUGUUGUCAUGCUUGAUGCGGACAACCUCUUCCUCCAGAAGACCGACGAACUUUUCCAAUGUGGGGAGUUUUGUGCAGUCUUCAUCAAUCCCUGCAUCUUCCACACCGGCCUCUUCGUGUUGCAGCCAUCGUUGACGGUGUUUGAUGACAUGAUCCAUCAACUGGAGGCAGGAAGAAGUAACCCUGACGGUGCUGAUCAAGGAUUUAUCGGGAGCUACUUCCCUGAUUUACUUGAUCAGCCGAUGUUCCAUCCUCCACCAAACGGAACAAGACUUGAAGGGACAUACAGACUUCCUCUGGGCUAUCAAAUGGAUGCUUCAUAUUAUUAUCUCAGGCUCCGGUGGAGUGUUCCGUGCGGGCCUAACAGCGUUAUCACUUUCCCAGGAGCUCCGUGGCUAAAACCAUGGUACUGGUGGUCGUGGCCUGUUCUCCCUUUAGGCAUCCAAUGGCAUAAACAACGCCUACAAACUCUAGGAUACAGUGCAGAAAUGCCAAUUGUAUUCAUUGAAGCUGUAUUCUACUUGGGAAUAAUAGCCGUGGCACGUCUAGCACGGCCUAAUUUAUCCAAGUUAUGCUAUCGUCGGAUCUUGUUCUUGCAAGCGGGCUUGAAACUGAUCGCAAUAUGGUCGAUUCUUGCUGCCUACGUAGUCCCUUUCUUCUUUGUCCCCCACACGAUUCAUCCACUUAUAGGCUGGAGUCUGUAUUUGCUGGGGGCCUUCUCACUUUCUUGCGUAGCCACAAACGCGUUCCUACUACCAACACUGCCAGUUCUAGCUCCAUGGUUCGGGAUCCUGGGAUCCCUCUUCGUAAUGGCCUAUCCUUGGUACCCGGACGGCGUUGUGAGGGCCCUUUCCAUUUUUGGGUACGCGUUUUGCUGCUCGCCUCUUCUCUGGACGUCGUUGGUUAAAAUCAUGUCGUCCCUUCAGGUUUCCCUCGACAGGGAAGCUUUCUUGCCUAGAUUAGGGGAAAAUUCAUCGCCUGCCGGCUUCAACAAGUUGUACUGAGAUGAAGAUUGAGGACCAGUUCCUUGUUCAGCCAUAUUUUGGAGAUCAAACCAGCUUGAUGCAGCUGUCUAUACACUUAAAGCAACAGGGAUUCUUUCAUUUAUGUGAGUGACUGAAUGAAGAGCUGAUCAUUUCAUGAUUGACUGGUUCUCUUCCUUGAAAUUAUUACAUAUAGAAACAACCUUGUUUUCUGAAUUUUUGCAACUUAUUUCCCCAUGCCUUCGGACAUUGUAGUCUCAGGUAAUAACCAUAGUAGUUGGGGGAGUAUUCGAGAUGAUGUCUCAUUAGUAAAACAAGUUUAAGGUUAUUACAAACAAAUCCAAUUUUUGAUCAUGCUAAGCCAGUAUAUAUACAGUAGUACAGCUGAUUUUAAUUUCUGACAAUUGCUC